GUAAGAGUGCAAUAAAUAAAAAGUGUCACCACCGCAUUCUCCUUGGCGAACUCGUUUUUUUAAUGAGAAUAAAGUAGGAGGUGUUUAAAAAAUAUAAUUAUAUUAUACCGCAAGAGAAGACUUUCAAUAUUACUUUCAAUUUUAUACUAAAAACUUAGUAUUCUAUUGAGAAUAAUAAAAUAUGUUACGAAAUUGUAAUCGGUUUCCGUACGAUUUCGGAAAGAAAUGCUACUAUUGACAUGGUUAAUUUAUGUCAUGAACAAGAACAUUAUUAAGAUACUUUUUACGAGACUUUAAAGACGUGACUCUUUUAUCAUUUUCUUCCCUGACUCAUAUGAUAAGUUUCUAUCGCGAUAUAAACUUCAAGGAAAUGUUUCCUUAGUCGAUCUUUUCCCGUGAUUCAUUUCAGGACACAUAUACAAGUAAAUAAUUGCUUCACUUACGAUAACUAUGAUAAAAAGUACGGUUUGCAUAAUCGUCUAAAGGAGAAUAUAAGUAGUAAGUGCGUCAGUGGAACGCGGCAGAAUGUAAUAAACUUCCAUGAGGUGUUGAUAUUAUAAUUAUAACGUCAGUGAUCCAUUUGUAAUUUUCAAUUAAGAAAGUAACGUAUCCGUUCCGCUGAUCGAACACUUCAUCGAAAUAUCGACAUUAAAAAUGAAGUUUUUCAUAAAAAUGUUGCUCGUACUGGUGUUAAUCUUGAUCCUUUUAUCACAAGUGAUUUGUGAAAAUAAAAUCUACAUAGAUGCAUGGGAUGGUGUGAAUAAUAGAACACGUAAACUAGUAAUAUAUUUACCAGCAACUAAAAUUCCUCCUAGCAAUCGUCGUAUGAUAAUAUUUCGUCGACUCAAUAUACCACAAUGCCCAGGAAAUCAACGACUAGACAAAGAUGGGAGAUGUCGAGUAGUAGAAUAAUUUCAUUUCCUAAGGUGCGAAACUCGCGUAAAUAUCUAAGAAACUGGCUAUUCAAGAAUAAAUGGAAAAAGAUGACGAGCAAAACGGGACAAAUAUCAGUAAUGUCUAACAAUGGUACGAUAACAAUUUUAUUAGAUUUUAAUUUAUUGUGUCUAUGUGGAAGACAUUGUUCACUUUUUAAACCAUCUGAUUCACAGUUGUGUAUAACAAUAUUUGGCGAAUUAGAGCGAAAUAUAUCGAUUCAAAGUGUCGCAGGAGAAUUAUGUUGUUGCAUUCUUUCAUAAGAAAAGUUGCCUACAUGUACUUUUCACAUAUAUCAGAGAUAUCUUCCUAAAAUCCUACGGUCGCUAAGUUAGCCGAUAUUGAACGAAUGUCAACUUCGGACGUAUGCGCAUUAUAUUUAUCAAGUAUUUUUCUAUUAAAAUAGACAUUUUACAAAAUGUUUAUAACAUGUUUUAUAGAAUUUUUAUUAAAUUAAAUUAGUUGUGUGUAAUAAUGCGAUAAAUAGAAAGUGCCGCCACCGCAUUUUUCUGGACAAACUCGUUCUUCUAAUGGCAGAAAAGUAGGAAAUGUAUAAAAUAUACAAGGUGAUUUAAAAGUCUGAGAACGGCUAAUUAUUUCUGAAAG